CUGUGCGGAAGGACAUGAAGGGUCCACAGAAGCUCUAUUGCUGUCCAAUAGAGGGCUGUCCAAGAGGACCAAACAGACCGUUUUCACAGUUCGCACUGGUUAAGCAGCAUUUCAUGAAGAUGCAUGCCGAGAAGAAGCACAAAUGUGUCAAGUGCAGCAAUGGGUACAGCACCGAAUGGGACUUGAAGAGGCAUGCAGAGGACUGCGGAAGGACAUACAGAUGUACAUGCGGUUGUCCAUAUGCAAGUAGAGCAGCACUACUGUCACACAUCUACAGAAUGGGCCAUGAGGUGCCCAGCGAGCACAGAUAUCCACCUGUCAAGAAAAGAAAAAUGGAGAAAUUAUCACGCAGCACGGCAAAACUCGAGCCCAAUGGACAGACCUAUGAAAUCGCAGAUGCCGAUAAGGAGCUCACGGAAGGAGCGGUUCCUUCUGAAGGAGUCUCACAAACACCGAACUUGCCACAACACAAUCCGAUACAGUCUAAAAGUUUUCAAAAGGUUCUCCUGCCCAGGCCUAAGGUUGCUUUGGUUAACUUCCCUGUAGUGCAGCUGGCACAACUACCUGUUCUUCUACCGUCAGCCGAGAGCGGCGCCUUAAGGUCUGUGGUCUUGGCGGUGGAUGCACAAGGAUCCUUGAGUACCCUGCAGCUCGUGCCUCAGGCGCUUGGGGCACUGGUAUCUGCUCUGAACGCUAAGACUGUGUGCUUUAAAGAUACCAUGCAGGCUUCUAGAUCAAGCCUGGAUGCUGUCAGCACAGGGAUCCAGGUCAAUCUAGAGAGUCUAGUUUCAGUGAAUGAACCACUUAAUGAUUUUGGGUACAGAAGUAAAAUCACCUCAACCAACAUUCAAACCGAUUUAUCGUUUCACAGUAGGGGAUCCACUGGAGUUAUGUCUACCCCCAUACAUGAAGCCUCUGUGUCCUCUAGUUCUCAAACCGACAUUAGUGUGAGCGCUCAGAUCCAGCUACCGGUCAGCGUACAAACACAGACGUUCCCAUUAAGGGCCAGAGUUACAUCAUCCAUCGGGGCACAAACAGACUCUCUCAGUCAGCUUUCUUUACCUGGUUAUAACAGAACAAGGGAAACCCAGACAAGCUGCACUCCAGUAGCUCAAGUCAGUAGUGCCCAGAUUGACCAAGCUAUAACAUGUCCAAAUCUUUUUGAUUCCGACACGCUCAGUGUCUCAACACAGACUGCAACGGAUGAUGGAACCUUCACUACCAACGGACUCGAUCCUAUAGGCUCAGAACCAGGACUGUUUGAAGACAAAACUAAUCAGUCAAUGUGCUUCGGAGCCCAGAGAGCCCAAGAUAUUCUACAGCCGAGCACGGUAGCUGACAAUCAAACUCAGACCAUGAUGCUCUUUAGUGACCUGGAGAACAUCCUUUCUGACAGCAUGGCAAGUGAGACCCCAAGCUGUGGAUCAGGUCUGGUUCCUGCGCAAGAACAGCACACUGGAAUCGACUUUGACUUCGAAGAAUUCCUCAAUGCGGCUCAUAUUCAGACCCAGACAGACGAGAGUGCCUUGGGAGGCCUGAACUCUGAGACACCCUUGGAGCUCCUUGACAUCGAGACGCAGACUGAUUUCUUUGUGCUUGAUAACCUUGCUGACAGCCACCAGAGUGACGUUGCCACCAGGGUCCAGUCAGGCGAUCUGGAACUGGAAAUGUUUGACACUCAAACCCAAACAGACCUGAAUUUCCUGCUCAACCCAAGUGGCCACACGCCGCUCGGGAGCAUCCUAAGACAUUCCAGCUUCAACAUGAGCACCGAGUCGUCAGACACGGAGACCCAGACGGAUUCCAGGCCUCCUCCUUUCUCUGUUCCAAUGUCUUCUUCCCAGGAAGGACAGACCAGACUUAGCAGCACCGAGACCCAGACUGUCUCUAGGGUGUCCAGUCUGGGACAUCUUUUUCUAACCAGCAAUGAGACUCAGACGGUCAUGGAUGAUUUCCUGUCAGCAGAUCUGGCCUGGAACGUAGAGUCUCAUUUUAGCUCAGUGGAAACCCAAACCAGUGAAGAUCUUUUCUCGCUGUUUCAACACUCUGAGAAAUCCAAUAGCUAAAUGCCUGUGAGGGGGUGAUUGUAGGAAAGCGAUGUUUAUGUGCAAUCUCUGAGCAGUUCUUUUUAGCCAGCGUGAAGAGCUUUGUCUGGCAGAUGGCACGUGACAGUUAAGCUUGCUUGUCGUCAUUUGGCAUUUCAAAUCAUUCCACAAUG